AUUUCAUUGCUGACUGAUGAGACAAUUGGGAUCACAUCCACUAUAAAACGAUAAGAGAGCCGAAGAAAGAGACUCUAAACCCAGACAUGCAUUGGUCCCUCAGGAACCUUUUAACAUUGUUAGUCUUCAUCGAUGCCUACCAAUCGAACAACGCGAGACCAACACAAGAAAAUGCUUUUGACAAGAUUGCUAGGAUUGAUUCUAAAUAUAAAGAAUCAACAGACUGGAAGUAUGAAGUAGAUAUGAUUUUACCCGAAGUCAAAGAAACAAGAAAGAGAAGAAGCGCACCGAGAGGGAUGCUGGGUAGCAUAAAGUUUAAUACUGUUAAACUUUGGCCAAAUGGCGUCGUUCCAUAUACUAUAUCAAGUGAACUGGUGCAAAAGGAAGGAUUUAUGGACGUGUUGAUGGAUGCAAUGUACGAGUGGCAAAACAAAACUUGCAUUAAAUUCAAAAAAAGAACUUUUGAGAAACACUUUGUUCACAUUUAUCUAGGAGAUGGCUGUUUAUCAGACGUUGGAGUGAAAUCAAUUGGACGACAGACAGUGUCAAUAGGACACAACUGUGAUGAUAGAAAGAUAAUCAUUCACGAACUGGGUCAUACAAUUGGACUCUUUCACGAACAAAACAGACCGGACAGAGACCAUUAUAUCAAAGUCCUGUAUAACAAUAUCAUUCCAGCAUAUCACUAUGCAUAUCAAAUCAAAAGUGGCUGGCACCCAGAGAGCAUAAAGACUAAAUAUGACUAUUACUCCGUGAUGCAUUAUGGGAAUAAGGAUUUCAGUAUCGGUGAUCGUGUGACAAUGCACGCCUAUAGAUCUGGAGUAUCGGCCUUUGGAGGCAUCCAAGUGUCGGGUUUGGACGCCAUUAGGGUCAGGAGAAUGUACAAAUGCAAAGAGUAUCCAAGAUUUCCACAAAAUUUCUACUGGAGUCAUAACAACUACGGCACCAGAGGGAAAACCUGCAUCGCAGUAACUGAGCCGAGAGACGCUAAAAAUAGCUGGAACAACAAUAAAUUGUGCUAUUUUGGUCAAGGCAAAAGACCUUUGGAUAUCAAAUGGUCUUCUCAGGGGCCUAUUCCUGGUAUGAGUUGUACCAAAGUGAGCUAUUACAGGAAGUCUAAGAAUCCUGCCUGGAAUGACAACUAUAUAUGUAUAUCAAAGUACGGUCCAUUCAAGUUUAGAUGGGUUAAUGGACGAGUUCCACGUAAUGAGAGGAGAAAAAACUGCCUAAGGAUUAAUGAGCCAUAUGACAGAGAUUGGAGAAAAGAUUAUCACUACCUCUGCGCUUAUCAACGUGAAACAGAUCGCAUUGAUGGAAAAUGGUCAGAUUGGUCCAGAUGGGGAGAAUGCUCUCGAAAAUGUGGAGGUGGAAUGCAAUUUAGACAAAGGAAAUGUUCACCAACAGCCAAUGGAGGAAAAUCUUGUGAAGGCGAAAAAGUUGAAAGCAAAACAUGCAAUGUUCGACAAUGUGAUGCCCAACCGUCUUUUCCCGAAGACUUCAAGUACAUCCACACAAAGCCUUUCAGACUGCCAACAUCAGGGAUUUGCCUACGAACAUAUGACAUGUACCAAUACUGGUUAUGGGCCGAUUAUUAUUUCUGUACAUCAGAGGCAAAAAGCAAUCCAAAUAUCGAAUGGUCAUAUAUGGGUCCCAUUAAAGGAAUGAGAUGUACCAAGAUUUACAACCCUAGAGAAAGGCAUGGCUGGAAAAACAAUUAUCUUUGUGUGCCUCAGUCCUCUCCUUAUCGGUUUAAAUGGUCGAUAAAGGGACCAAUACCUGGAAUGGAAUGUCUACGCUGGUACGCUCAACAAGGACAACGUGGCUGGAGUAAAACAUAUUUAUGCGAUGACAAGAGAAUCCAGCCGAUUAAGGCCUUCCAUUGACAAUAAAAAUUAAAAAUACGUAAGGGAUUGAAACCGUACAUUACUUGUUUAUGAAUAGAGCCAAUUUCGUAUGGAUGCGCAAUGUCGCGGAACGCGACACGAACAUCACCGACGAUUAUGUUUUGCACCUGUCUUGUGAUUGGCGCCAUACAUUAUUGAGUUGAGAAAAGGUCAAGGUUAUAGUAAAGCAUGUUGACGUAGUUUUUUUUAGAAAUUUGAAUAAACAUUCGUAGGUUGGUCGAUUUGAGACUGUUAUGAUUUGUGGGACGUCUCUAAUAUGGCAUUGUCAUGCGUACAUAUGAUGCUGAAUUACAGCGCCUAGUGUGCGGAAUGAAUAUAGAUAGGUUCUUGGCACAUAAUUGUGCUUUUGAUACUUAUAUAAAGGUAUCUCACAACUCUUAUCAGUCUUAGAUCAUGACAGGUGUAUUAAAGACCCACGUGGAUCCAAGAACCUUUGGGCGAUUUUCUGCACAUACGAAAGUUUGUCAUCUUUGAUUUUGAACCAAUCAGAAAGGAAUUUUAACCUAGAUAGAUUUUUUGUAAAACAAAAGAGGUUCAUGGAUGCACAUAGGCCUUAUUUAAUAUCGAUUAAUCUAACCUGGCUUUUUGUCUCAACAGAUAUAAUAUAAAUUAGGUUUUUCAAAGGAUGACGAAUAUGUUUUAUGAUCGGUGAUAUUGUCAGCUAUUUCUUGUUUACGUUGCUCGUGAAGAAAUAGCGAUAAAUUCCUAAAACAUCAACUAUUUGAGCACACGAUCCAAAAGGAAACCACAAUUAGCCGGGACAAUUUUGAGCUUUGAACGUUCAACUACUGAUUUAAAAACCUGAAUAUCCCGGAUAAUGCAUUUAUAAUUGUCAAGAGUAGACCGAAUCCUUUAAUAGUUUCGUCAUUGAGACCAAUUGUUCGGCGUAAUGUUUAAGCAUUCUCUGUUUGCUUUAACCUCUAUUUUAUGCAUAGCAAAUAGGUGGAUUUAUAGAGGUAGAUGGACUAGUCUGGGUUCUUGUGUUGUAUUGCUACAAUCGACAGCUUAUAUUUAUUUCAUUCAUGGGUAUCAGUCAAUAACUUAUUUAGCCCAAAAUUAUGUAAAAAAUAUAUCAUAUUUACCUAUUUCAGAAAGGUUGUUGGACUGAGAAAUGAAGAGUGCAUGAUCAAAAACUACUUACUGCAAAUUUUCACUAUGGGUAAAAUUCGCUAAAAGAUUCAUUUGUGGGUAAAACUAUUAAAUUAACUGACGACCUAUCAUUGAUUGAUGAGCGGUUCAUGCUCGAAUAACCAAAGUAUCUCGCGGUCUUAUAUUCUUCAUACUCUCUAACAUAAUGUUGAGAUAGCUAUACACAUAUACACUUUAGCUUAAUGAUGUAUAUUGCUCUAUUGAGAGAUUCACACCAAGUCCAAAUGCAUUAUUUGAAUGACAUACAGCGAUAGAUUUUAAAUUUGAAUUCUGACCGUAUUAUGGAGUAAGGGCUUCAUAUCAAAGAAUUAAAUGUCAUUGCAAUAUCUGGAAACAAGCAAAACGGAAGAUUUUUCAGAAGUGCUUUCAUUAUACUAUCUGCAAGUUUGAAACGAUUUUAAAAGCGUUAAAAAACGACAAAAUCGCCGAAAAAACAGUCAACGCGUAUUUCCUAAUAAGGUACGAUGACCAUAUAUGGCUGCCAAAGGAAUGACAACUUUCCAGUGAUAAUUCUUUGACAUGAUUUUCAAUUUGGCCAUCAUGAUAGCUCAAUAUGGAUGAUAACAUAUUAGUUAUAGCAGCUUCAUUACUCGCUCUUUGCUAUUGAAAUUUUAUCCUAUAAUUCAGCCAUAUUGAAUUAUGUGCUAAAGUCAAAAUUAUCUCACUGAAAUAUCUUUCACAAUAAGUUUCAAGCUCUUGACUAUUUAUGUAAAUAUUUCGUGAAACUCGAAGUGCUUCUAUGUUUUAAUUAUCUUUAUUAUAUUACUAUCAUUUUUAUUUUCGCUUUAUAUUUUGAAUCAUGUUUUGAGCGUCGCCAUUUUUUGCACCAACGCCUUGUGGGAAACCAGAUUGCAUUUUUAAAAUCCUUUUUGAUCACAUUUAUUCGCAAAUUCGUGCCUUUUUUGCAAAGAAAACAAAAACCUCGGAUUUUCGGUUCGGUGAAGAUAACAAUUAGGCUCCAUUAUGCUUUGUUGCGCAAAAUGGCACUCUAUUGUACUUUGCUAAUUGGAAAGUGAUUUUGACAUUAGCUUUAUAAAUACCUCUUCUGACUGGUUCAAACCUGCCGGCGACUAGCCAAUAUAAAGUCUGGUAAAUGGAUUAAUUACUGUAGUAAGGGAUACGAUACAUGCAUGAAAAUACAACAUACUUAGGGUCUUAAUUGAAUAACUCGUUAAUAAAAGAGUUCCAGAAAAACUUACUUGUCACACAAGAUUUAACCAAAGUAAAUAUUAUCUUACAACUGGCGCGUCCAAACAAGUGUCUGUUUUCAGUCAUGAUAUCUGUACUAACAGSAUGCCUUGACUGAUUUCUUUCGUGGUUGUUCUUAUUGUUUAAGCAUUCUCUAAGAGGAAAUAAAGUAUGAUAUACGGAUA